AUGAAUAUUGCAAAGGAAAAUGGAUUACCGCCUCUUUGGGAAAUACAUUAUAAUGUUGAAACCACUUUUGAGGUAACAAAUGUGGAACCACUUGUUGAAUCACAUGUUCAUCAACAUGUUAAGCCAAAUGUUGAAACAUAUUUUCCAUCAUAUGAACCUGAGGUUAAAGGAAAAAUAAAUGUAGAAGCUGAUGAGAAUGAUGAUAUUCCUAUUUCCAACAUAUUGAAGAUGAUUGUCAAAGGUGUUACCGAAGCCUCGAGAGAAUACUACAGAAAAGGAGUGGUGAGUUUUAAUGAAGAAACUAAGACUGAUGAAGAAUCUGCAGUAAAGCUAAUGAGGAGUAUUGUUAUGUUUAUGGCUGAUGGGGUGAAAGAAAAUAAGAAAUAUGUUCCUCCCAAAACCUCCUUGAGAACAUCAUUAAAUUAUGAAGAUGGAAACUCCUCAAAGAACUCACGUGAGUAA